AUGGGACCAAACCUAAGCCCAGUCCUGCGCCGGGAGCUCGAAAAUCUUGACAAGGAUGCUGAUAGUAGAAAAUCGGCAUUGAAAGCUUUGAAGUCAUACGUGAAGGACUUGGACUCGAAAGCAAUACCCAUCUUUCUUGCUCAUGUAUCUGAAACAAAGCAAACUGGGGUAUCACCCGGAGAGCAUACAAUUUCUCUGUACGAGGUUCUUGCUCGAGUUCAUGGGCCGAAAAUCAUCCCCCAAAUAGAUAAUAUCAUGAACACUAUCGUCAAGACCUUAUCCUCGAGUGCGGGAGCUUUUGCUCUUCACCAGGCUUGCUCAAAGGUUGUUCCAGCUAUAGCAAGGUAUGCAAUCGACCCAACAACAGCAGAGGAUCGAAAGAGAUAUAUUAUUCAAUCUCUGUGUAAGCCCCUUUCAGACUGUCUUCUGUGUAGCCAAGAAAAUCUGUCUUCCGGUGCUGCCCUUUGCUUACAAGCACUUGUUGAGUCUGAUAACUGGCGGUUUUCUUUGAACGAAAUGGUUAAUGAGGUAUGCCAGAGGGUAGCUGGGGCUUUAGAGAAGCAUUCGCAAACCAAUUCCCAUAUGGCUUUGGUCACAGCUUUGGCUAAACACAAUAGUUUGAUCGUUGAAGCCUAUGCCCGACUGUUGAUACAGUCUGGACUGCAGAUUUUGGAUGCCGGUUUUGCAGAGGCGAAUUCUCAAAAACAGCUGUCGGCCAUUCAUAUGGUGAGUUCCCUAAUGAGAUGUUUGGACCCGAAAAGUCUGUUGUCAGAAAUGGAAUUUGUAAUUAAGGAAAUGGAGAAGUGUCAGUCUGACCGAAUGCCAUUUGUUACUGGGGCUGCUUUUGAAGCACUGCAAAUCGCGAAGAAAAUAUGUGCCGGGAGGAGGAAUAUUUGUGGUUCACCUUUUACUUCAUCACCCGAGUCGCAAACUGUUAACUCGUUCAUUGAGUGUGAUUAUUUUAUCGAGUCUCCUAAGUCGAUUACUCAGGAGCAUCAAAGUUAUUAUGGCUGUAGGACUGUAAACCGUAGACUUUGGCAAAGGUCUGGCAAUGGACUUUUGGAUGUAUCUCUCAAAGACGGCAUAUUCUCAGGUAUAACUCAAGGAAAUGACAAUAUGAGCUCUGAGUGUGAUGGCCUUUCUCCAAAGAGCGAAGAUUAUGUUGGGAACUUUUCGGGUUUUGUUCGUGGGAGGUCUGAAACUCCAAGUCCAGAGCACUCAAACUCUCACAUUAAUGUUGAUGAUGUGAAGCCCUUCACUACCCCUAGAAAGCUCAUUCACUCACUUCAAGUUCAGGAUUUACAAGAUUUUGAUUCGAAUUUCUCCACAAAACAAGUCAAAAAGUUCAGGAGCCCAACGAAAAGAAGCGCAUUUUACGAUCAAAGUCAUCUGUGUCGGGAGAUGAACCGUGAGAAUGGUGGAGGCAGAUUAUUUUCUGAAGAAGAACAUCAUGGCCAAUCAGAAUCAGUUUCUUCCACAGGAGAUGAAGUAGUUCCCGAGAAUAAACCACGGUUGGAGAAAGUCUAUUGUCACAUCUCUGCACGUAGCAUUAUUUACAGUCUUUUUGCUGUUCUAUUGGCAUUACUUUUGUGUUUGUUGGCAAUAGGUAAUCAGGACGAUCAAGACAACAUUCUUGUUCCGACUUAG